AUGGCAUCCAGAAGAAUUCUCAAGGAGCUUAGAGACUUGCAAAGAGACCCUCCUACUUCAUGCAGCGCAGGGCCUGUAGCUCAGGACAUGUUCCACUGGCAAGCAACUAUAAUCGGUCCGAACGACAGCCCUUAUGCCGGUGGCGUUUUCCAAGUUACCAUCCAUUUCCCUCCUGAUUACCCCUUUAAACCCCCCAAGGUUGCAUUCAGGACAAAAGUCUUUCAUCCCAAUAUAAAUAACAACGGAAACAUCUGCUUGGACAUCCUAAAGGAUCAAUGGAGCCCUGCACUUACCAUAUCCAAGGUUCUUCUAUCCAUAUGCUCGCUGCUCACAGAUCCAAACCCAGAUGAUCCGCUUGUCCCAGAAAUUGCUCAUAUGUACAAAACUGACAGAAGCAAGUAUGAUUCCAUGGCCCGCGGCUGGACCCAGAAGUAUGCCAUGUGCUGA